GGUAGAUUCGUUGAGAAACAAUAAGUUGAAUGAUGAAAAAAAAUCUAUUUUUCUUUUGAAAUAUAAAGAAUUGGAUGAUACAUGCGAGCAGGAAAAGCUUAAAAUGGGAGCAGCAGUACCACUACAAUUGUACUACAUCAUUAAAACAAGGGGAAGAAGAAGAAUGGGGAAACAUAAAAUAGAAAAUAAGGUUUGGGAGCGCGAAUGAUUUUGAGAGAACGAGAAGAUUGAAGGAAAUCAACUGGGUUUUUCCAUUUUCUUGUGAUUUAGUUUGUAUAUUUAGGCGUUUAUUUAUGUGUUGCAUUCGAUUGGCUAGUGUGGCGAUGGUUCGGGGUGGGGUGGGGUGGGGUGUACAAAGGGUCGAUAGUGGCGGUGUUGGUGGGCAGUUACAGGGAUGACAAGAAAAGAAAGGGGAACGGAUGUGAGAGCAGGAGAGGAAGAAGAAGUUUGGCGAUUGUGGAGUUUACGGUGAUGUUGGGAGGUGGGGGUGGUUCGGGUGUGUUUAUCUGAUGGUGGUGUGACUGAGGGAUGAAUUGGGAAAGACUAUCAUCGCCUCUUCUGUUUCACAAUCAUCAUUGGUUCUUCAAUGGCUUACAGGCGCGCCUUAGCAGUAGCACUUAGACCACGGGAAGCAUAAUGCCCUUUCAUUCGAUGCAUUUUCCGGGAGUUAGUAACUUGUUUGAUGUUGCAACCUUUCAUAUAUUUGGCCAGCCCCGCUUCAUGAUGACCCUUAUGGAGGGAUCAUUCAGUAUGCUAGUGCCAUGAUGGAUAUGCUAGGUUUCAAGAAUCUUUCUCAAAACUUCAAAGCAUAUAGCGAGGAACUCUUUAAUAGAUGUCUUACAAACUGAGAGAAUCAAGUCAAUAAUUCAGCAGGCAUAGCUCAUCGAACUCGGCAAGCAUCACGAAGGUUGUUUCAUGGCCACAUUGACAUUCCUUUCAAAUCUUUUGGUCCUAACAUAAGAUUAUGUGCAAUACCACAGAAAAGAAGUAAUGAGAAACCACCACCGGAACACGCUUGCAUUGAUAAAGAAUCUUGGACGAUUUCAAUCAGCAUCAUAUCAGGCAUGGUUCUAUAUUUCUCAGCCCAUGACUAGAAGUCACUCAUCAGAAUUAAGGUAAACUCCUACCAUAGCUUUAUUUUUCCAAAACCCUUACAUGAUGAUUAUAUAUGCAGAGUAAAUAUACCUUCUGCGACUACAUGUUUUGUAAGAAAUGAUAUGUUGCAUUACAAAAUUCGCAGACAACAUUUGGCAUGGAAACUAUGAAUAAUCUUAAUGCUUCUAGACAUGAUUAUAUAUGCAGAGUAAAUAUUUAUUAGCAAAGACAUUUUUAAUUUUUUUUAAUCUUCUAGCUAUCGUAGUGCAAACUCCAGACUAGUUUUAGAUACCCGACGGGAUCUUCUGGAUUCAGAUAAAGUCAAGCCAUUAAACUCCUUCGUUGAUAGGCUUUUGGAGAUUUAUACUUCUUUAAGUCAAAUUAUAUGAAUGAACAUUAUUGCUUAACAAGGUUUGUUAAGCAAAAUAAUUUACAUGGAGGUCGACAUAAUUAUAACCUAUUUCAUCUGAAAAAUAGUCGUCAUGUAUGUGAAAAAGUUGUAACAUCCAUACUUUUCAUGGCUGCCACAUUUAUGUGAAUCAAAUUGGAUAUUAGUAAGUGAUUCAGGUUGCACUGAUUUGACAUAGUUUCCUUUGUAUAAAAUUAUCAAGUUUAUUCAGUGCAUGACAAUGAUAUUGCAGCUAAGGUAAUUUCUUCAUUUUUUAUUAAAUGAUGCUACAAAUUAUUUUAAUGAUCUUCAGAGGUUUUUGUCACAAAGUAGUACUCCCUCCGUCCCCCUCAAUUGUUUACAUUGGAGGGGGACACGGAGACCAAGACAAUGUAUAGAAAAUGAGUAAAGUUAGAUGAAAAGUGGGUAAAGUGGUGGGACCUAUCAAUAUUUAAUAAUAGAUAUGAGAUAGUGGAGGAAAGUAGUGGGUGUAAUAGUAGUUUUUAUUGUUAAAUAUGAGAUAGUGGGGGAAGAUAGUGGGUGUAAUGAUGGUAAAAACUUACUAUUUAUAGUAACGUAAAGAAAUGAGAGGGACAUCCCAAAAUAGUAACUGUAAAGAAAUGAGAGGGACAGAGGGAGUAUCUUUUAAGGGAAACUGAAAGAAAGAACUUUGGCCAGAAGUAGUACUAUAAGGCUUUAUUACAGAAAGAUCUUAAGGUUGUAAAUGUUGGUGGUGAGCGUAAGGGCCUUCUCAAUAUAGCAAUGCAGCUGCGUAAAUGCUGUAAUCAAAUUUAUCUUUUUAUGGUGAUGAACCUGAUCCCCCAUAUACUACGAGAAAUCAUAAAAUGGAGACUACUAACAUAUAGUUUGUUUGAAGUAUUCUAUAUAACUUAUUAUGUUUUUUAUUUCUUUUUUACCUGCUGUAAUUCUUAUAUAUUGUUUCUGAGGUCCUCCUGUUACAUAUUUUAAGUUUCAUUCUUUAAUUAUCCUAAAAUGAGUUUAUAGUUUAUUCUUAAUGGGAUCAAAUGUGAAAUAAAAGAUUCUUGUUACUCCUAUCUUAUUGAUUAUGACUUGCACUAUUAAAGUAGACUUAUUCACUUGUAAUACAAUAACAUUUUUUGAAUGAGUGAAAGGUUUAUAUCAUCCCCUACACUCAUUCCAUUUAAAUCCCUUCCAAAAAUUGUCCUGCAUUACUUCUGCUUGAUUGGUGCGCAGUCCAAGUUUGACCAGAUAGUCCCAUAUCCUUGUCAUUACAUAGAUAACUUGUGAGCAAUUCACUUUCUUACCUUCCCUAUAGUUCUUAAUAUAAUAUUAAUUUCACUACGUCGUCCGCAUCUUAUAGCAGUAUACUAACUGCAUUUGUAUAUACUUUCUUUUAUUUCUUAUUUGUAAGAGUGUGGACUGAAGGUACAAAGCAACAGGCAAGGUGUUUGAUGAUAUGUUUAUGUGAUAUUAUAACUAAUUCUCAUUAGACUUGUCUACGUCUACUAUGUACACCCAUCUCACUAAUAAUAUUAACAUUGUAACCAUUGUUAUUGAGUCGACGACUAGUCGCCCAGUCGAUGGAUGUAUUAAGUCGUUGAGCGACUUGAAAGAAAAGUCGACCCGUGGGUCAGAUCCGACCCGACCCGGUCCAAAUUAGGUUAAACCCGACCCGAUUACAAUAUUAACCUACACUUACCGUGAAUCUAACAUCUGCUGCUGCAUACAUCUGCUGCAAACAUCUCGAAACAUACGGCAGCGACUCCUUUUCAUCUCCAUCAGCUCAUCAGCUUCUCUCCGAAAAGUAAAUGGAAAAUGAAGAUGAACAAACGAGGAGACAAUUGGCUAAAGAUCUAAAAAGAAAAGCAAAGUCGAAUGAUCCCGGUUGAAAGUUUGCAUAUUUCCCGUAUCCGGAUACUAAUAGAGAUGUGGUUAAGUGUGUGCUUUGCGGGAAUACUAAUCAUGGUGGAAUUAAUAGAUUCAAGCAACACUUGAUUGGUGGAUUUGGGGAUAUUGUUAAAUGUCCAAAAACAACAAAAGAGAUUGCGAAGGAAAUGUAUGAUUUUGUGCAAAGCAAGAAGAAACCUAAAUUUGUGCAACAAGAAGAAGAGGACUAUGAUGAAGAUGUUGAAGAAGUACCAUCUACAGCCGCAUCUAAUACACUUGGUAGUUCAAAAUCAAGUGCAAAAAGUAAAGGCAAGGGUGUUGCCUCUCCAUUUCACUUCAAAAAACCAAUGGCUAGUAGCAAGUCGGUUGCUUCAAUGCUUAUGAGAUCACCGGAACAAGUCAUUGAAGAGAGGCACAUGAAUGGUCCUAGUCAAACAACUUUGGAAAGCAAGCUAAGAACAAAAGAAGAGAAAGAUAGGGUUUCUAAGCACAUUGCAGAUUUUUUUUAUGAGAAUGGUAUUCCUUUUAAUGCCGCAAAUUCUAGGAGUUACGAGAUAAUGGUGGAGUCCAUUGGGCAAUAUGGACCGGGCUUAAAACCUCCAACAUUUCAUGAUUUAAGGCUACCUCUACUUAAAAAAGCGAAAGAAGAAACAUCAAAAUUGAGGGAAAAACACGAGAAAGCUUGGAAAAAAUAUGGUUGCACCCUUAUGACCGAUGGAUGGACGGAUAGACGAGGAAGGCAUCUUAUCAACUUCCUUGCUAAUAGUCCCGAAGGUACAUUUUUCUUGCAAUCUUUUGAUGCUUCGAGUGAAUCACAUGAUGCGGAAAUGUUGUCUAGCUUGAUUAAUGCAAUGAUCAUUGAUGUUGGAAUUCCAAAUGUUGUUCAAGUGGUGACGGAUAACGGGGCAAAUUAUAAGCUAGCCGGUGCACACUUAGAAGAAUUGUAUCCUACUUUGUUUUGGACUCCAUGUGCGGCUCAUUGUCUUGAUUUGAUGUUAGAAGAUGUUGGCAAGCUUCCGAACAUUAAAAAAGUAAUCAAUCAAGCAAGAAGAUGUACUACCUUUAUCUAUAGACAUGGGCGUGUUCUUCAAGCAAUGAGGGAGCACACUAAUGGGAUGGAUUUAGUGAGAACUGGAGCUACAAGGUUUGCCACUGCUUUUCUUACAUUACAACGCUUGCACAAGCUUAGGCCGGCCUUGCGCAAAUUGUUUGGGUCAGAAUAUUGGAUUGUGUCAAAGCUAUCAAAAACAGAAAAUGGGAGGAGAGUUUAUGAGAUUGUAUUCUCAAUAGCCUUUUGGGAAGGUUUAGAGGAUUGCUUGAAUGCAUCACAACCACUUCUUCAAGUUUUGCGAAUUGCAGAUGGUGAUGAAAGGCCUGCUCUCGCAGAGGUUGCAGCUGCUAUGGAUUAUGCAAGAGUCCAAUUUACAAAGGCAUUUGUUGGUCAAAAAACGCAACUUCGAAACAAAGUAUUGAAAAUUAUUGAUGACCGUUGGAAUACACAAAUGGGGAAACCUUUGUAUGGGGCGGCCUUGUUUCUUAAUCCCGGGAAGUACUUUGACAUAGUUGAAAGGAAUCCUUCAUGUGCCUCCCGGAUAAGAGAAGACUUUAAUGAUGUACUUGAGAAGAUGGUUAAGGAUCGGACUACAAGGAACCUUAUAAGUAACUCCGCGGAUGACUACAAAAAUACAAGAGGAGGAUUCGCUAGAGAGAUGGCAAUUGAGCACCGAAAGGAAAAAAGUCCUCGUAAGCUCACUUGUGUUAGUCUUACUUCCGUAUUAGCUAUUUAUAUAUUCUUAUUACUUAUUAGUAUUAUUUUUAUUUUUAUAUUAGUUGAUUGGUGGGAUGCUUAUGGAGGUCGUGCAAUUGAGCUUCAAUCAUUUGCAAAGCGUAUUGUUGGUUUAUGUUGUUCAUCUUCCGGUUGUGAACGGAAUUGGAGUACAUUUGAAUUCAUACAUACAAAGAAGAGGAAUAGGUUGGAACAUCUACGUUUAAAUGAUUUGGUGUAUGUUCAAUACAACCGGAAGAUUGAUUCCCGAUUCAAAAAGAUGCGUGAGCUUGGAGAAAAAUAUAAUCCACUAAUAUUUGAAGACUUGGAGUGGACUAAUGAUUGGAUGAAUGAUAUUGAGGAUAGGUUUUGGAGUGCGGUGGAUAUAGCUUCGGGUGCCUCACAAGGACUUGAGGGACGCACUUUACCAAGAAAAGCUAAAGGUGGUUCAACUAGUGAUAUGCGUACCUACACUCGACGUGGCACUAGUUCGACACUACAUGAUGAUGAUGAUGAUGAUGAUGAUGGAUGGGGGGAAGAUGAAGACCAUACUCCUAUUGAUGAUAUGGAGGUGGAAGAUGACUAUGGUGUUCCUCCCGAUCCAUCCUUGAAGAAUACUCAAGAGGGAGAUGAAGAUUUUAUGCUUGAUUAGUUUAUUUCACUCAUCUAUUAUGUUUUUAUUUGCUUAGGGAUGCUUAACUUUUGAUAUUUGAACUUAUUGUCUCUUUCCUAUUUGAAAUAUUGAAUGAUGUGUUUUUAUCUAUAUUAUAUAAUAUUUACUAUAUAUAUAUAUAUAUAUAUAUAUAUAUAUAUAUAUAUAUAUAUAUAUAUAUAUAUUUAUUAAUGUAUAUCACGACUUGUCGACUUAUUUCGACUAGUCGGGCGACUUGUCGACUAGUCGAUUCCAAGGUGUCCGGGCGCCGAGGCUCGACUUGUCGACUUAAUAAGCAUGAUUGUAACUAUAUUUAAAGUCCAUGAUUUUUAAUAUUGUUCGAUUUGUUCACAUUUUGCGAUGAUAUUCCAUAUGUUUUUUUUGAAGAAAGGAUACUGGUUAUAGUCUUCAUGAAAAUGUUGUAUCUUCAAAUAUUGAACAUGAGGAAUUGGGUGCGUUAGGGAUAUUCAUAAGUUAAUCAUUGGAGACUUUCAGGAGGAACCUCUGUUCUUGAUUUAGUGAUCAGUUCCAGAUUGUGCAUGAUUUGAUUUAUUGAUAAUUAGUGUACAAGAUUAUUGGGUUUCUCAAAUUUUGUAUCAACCACAUUUUUAGUUAUCAAUUCUGCGUGAGUUGUUUGAAAUAUCAUAUGAUGAUAACAAAUGAAGAAAACCAAAGGAAUUAUAUAUUCCAGAUUUUCGAACUUAAAGUUUAAGUGUUCAACAAUUCUUUUAUAGUUAAAGGAAGUAUUUGCUCCAAGAAGGUACGAUAUGUAAAUUUUAUUAUGAUUCUUUAUAUAAUUGUAUCUCAUUUACUUUGCAACAAUAUCAAUAUUGUUUUAUAUCUUAUUAUAAUUUAUUUAGUUUCUUAACUACAAUAAUCGUAUCAUAUAUAUAGGUUGCAUUUUUUGAAUAGUUAAAUUGGUGGUGCAGGCUUUUAUCUAUAAAAAUAUUACAAGAGUGCAUGGAAAUAAUUAAUUUAGUUCAAGAUCUUUCAUGAACAUAUUAUCCACCAUUUUCCUAUCAAACUUCAAUUGUUAUACAAUUUGUGGUCAAGACCAAGUUUCAGAGGUUUAAAAACUUGUUUUCAAAAAUUUAUCAGACUCAAAGGCCGUCUUGAGGCACAUACUUUUCAAUAAGCGUCUAGGUUUUAAUCAAAAAAACAUAGAAACUUUACUUAAAUAAUCUUUUACGCUGUUAAGUUAGAUGCACUGAGAAUGCUGCUAGGAUUUAUAUGUCGAUAUCUUUUCCAUCUAGAAUUCUAGAAUACAAAAGUGUAAAGAUAAGGUUGAAGCCAUUAUAUUAUGAUAUCUAUUACUUUAAUGCUUAGAUGAUGAGGCUCUAUAUAAGAGAAAGAAAAAGACUUUAAAUGUCUUGAAACACAGGGAUAUUUGUGCAACUUACAAAUGUAAGAGAAAGGAUAUGUAUCUAGAGUGGGAGAAAGAUGGAAAUAUAUAUACACAAUAUGAAGGCCUUAUGAGCCUAUAUAUUAUGGUUAUCUAUGAAAAAUAAACACAACGUGUUAGUGUGGCAGUUAUCAAAAGAAUUGACUUCAUUUGAGGAUGACAUAUGAUUUAGAAAAGUGAUUAAUAAAAAGUCCUUGAAUUUGAUAAACAGUUACGCAUAUGAAAAUGCCUUCAUAUUUUAAUAUUAUAUAUGGUAAAAACAUGUGAACAAAACAAACAAUGAUUUCAUUCUUUUAUUUAUUUAUUUUUUUGUUUUGGGCCCGGCCCAUGUAGGUUGUUUAUGAGAGGAGAUAUAAAUUUUGAGAUAAAGUUUAAUGUUAUUUAAUUGUUUUUAGUAAAUAUAAUAGAUCCGUCUAGAUAUUCAUAAACCAAUAUAUCAUAGUUAUCAUAUUAUCCCCAAUUUAGGCAUAAAACUUAACAUCCCAACUCCCAAACACAGACGACCAUACUUGCUCAAUUUAUCGCUCUCAAAUUCGGUGCCACAAGGUGAUCUUCAGAAAGGUCUAUCAUGGAAUUUGUCGUAGUAUUAAUCCAGCAGGGUUACAUCUCUUAGAUUAUAUCUACUAAAAGAUGAGUCAUCAGAAUCGAUUUGUUGAAUUACCAGAAGAUCUACAAAGUAAAAUCUUCUUGAGGUUGUCGGUAAAGUGUGUAUUAAUCUGUAAAUGUGUGUGUAAAUCAUUUUGUACCAUCAUCGGAAGCCCUGAUUUCAUAAAUGCUCAUCUUAGUUUCCCUAGGCCCAUCACCACUGAAACUUCGCAAUCACUAUUAUUAGGGUUCAUUGACAUCAGUAGAAUCCCAUUCGUUCAAGGUCAUAAUAGUCUCUUAUCAAUUGAUGAUGACAGAGAGAUUCUUAGUUCAUCCCCCUUGAAUCCUACAAUUCCAUAUGUUGGUGCAUUGUCUCUUGUUGGUUCUUGUAAUGGUUUGAUAUGUUUUGAUGUUCGCAACGGUGAUUUUACUUCAGAAAGUAACUUUUUGUUGUGGAAUCCUGUUACUAGACAAACUAGAUAUCUCCCAAGAUUUGAGAAUCGUCGUAAAUGUGAUUUUCCUAUUACUGAAUUUGGUUUUAUAAGGGAAACUAAUGAAUAUAUGGUUGUCAAUGUUUCAAAAGAUCGUGAUGCUCAAGAUAUUGACAUUGAAUUGUACAAGAUGAGUACAAAUUCAUGGUCGAUUAAUCACAAUACAACUGUUGGACGAUUGAUUCCCUUUUUUGGCCGAGGAUUUGCUAUAAAUCAUGGGAAAACUUCUGUAUAUUCCAAUGGGUGUCUCCAUUGGGGUACCAUCUACAGUAGGGGAGCCUAUAUUUUGUCCUUUAACCUUAAAAAUGAGGAGCUAGAGAUGAUCAAGGCUGUGGAUCAUAAUAGAGAUUCAUAUUUCAAUUGCUGGACACUUGCAGUGGUAAAUGAAGAUUUAGCCAUGAUUUAUUGGAAAUUUACGGGUGAAUUUGAAUUAUGGGUUAUGACUGAUUAUGGGGUUGAAAGUUCUUGGGGUUUAAAGUUUAGUUUUGGGCCCUGCUCUAGUCUAUAUCCAUUGGGAUACUGGGAAUAUGAUUUGAUGAUAGUACUUUUGGAAAGUGAUUAUUGUUUAUUAGAUCUUAAUAAUGGAGAACCUGAGAGAAUCAUAAAUAUGAGUUCUUGCAGCAUAGGAAGAUUUUGUAGCUUUGAAGAAUCCCUUGCUCCAGUAAGGAGACUCAUCUAAUAUGGAAAUAAGCGAAGGAUCUUGUGGGAUUGAAGGUACAUGGUACUUGGUGUAUGAAUUAAGUUGAUGUAGGUCUUAUCAGCAAUUUCCAAAUUUCAGUUUGGAGCUAUCAUUAAUUUAAAGGCUCUUCAGCAUAAUUUUGGAUGUGUUUAGUCUCUCAAGCUUCAUCGGAAAUUAAUAAUAUUUUGUGUGUUGAAUUGA